AUGAUCGUCGACCCUCACUACCUCUGGGCAUUUGGCCAUGCCAUCGUCCUCGUCAACUCUGCCUACGUGAUGCUCCAGACGCUUCUGUUCCGCACGCCGGUCCGCGCCUACCGGAUGGUGUACGUCGGCGCGCUGCUCUCGUACGCGAUCGUCGUGCUCAAGUCGCUCGGCAAGCCGCGCGGCGUCAACUGGCUGCGCCGCGCCUUCGUCGAUGAGAACUUCCAGUACGGCCUGCUCGCGCUGUACUGGCUGAUCAGCAAGCCGAUCAACAGUGAGUAG